UCCAAACUUCCCAUAAGUUUAUUCCAAUUGUUAUUCUUGAUCGCACACUUCGAGGCCAGCGUUUACAUCGACUAGCACUUGGACCAGCAUACUCUUCUGUGGUGGCCUCCCACUGAUCCGCGAGAACGUAUCUUACAGGACAUCAAUCAGCUUAGGAUAUACUACUUAGAUCGAAGCAUGGAAGAGCCUGAAUCCAAGGCACCUGCAGCGAGUACCUUUGCAGACUUGGGACUGGACCCAAGGCUGCUUCUUGCCUUGGAGAAACGCCAGUACGAGAAGCCAACAACUGUGCAGGCAGCCUGCAUACCAGCGGCCCUGGAGGGCAAGGACAUAGUGGCGCGUGCCAGGACGGGCAGUGGCAAGACGCUGGCGUACCUCCUCCCCGCGCUGCACAAGAUCCUGGCCGUCCCCAAGGACAAGCAGCGCGCUGGCUGGCAGGCCCUCAUCUUCGUGCCCACCCGGGAGCUCUGCGAGCAGGUGCGAGAGGAGGCGGAGGCAGUGGCGACGAGGUGCAAGGCGGACAUCCGGGUGUCAUCGCUGGCGGUUGACUCCGCGGCUGUGCAGCGUGACAUCUUCCUGCACAUCGGGCAGAUCGUGGUGUCCACCCCCGGCCAGGUGGCACAGGCGCUGAAGGAGGGCCGGUUGCGCGCGGCAAGUUUCCAGCCGGACGAGCGCAUGCGGCGGCCGGGGCUGUCGGUGCUGGUGCUGGACGAGGCCGACCUCAUGCUCUCCAUGCCCGGCUACGAGGACGACCUGCGCGCCAUCGCACCCCUGAUUCCGCGCAGCUGCCAGUGCAUGCUGAUGAGCGCGACGAGCAGCGAGGAGGUGGAGCGGCUGCAGAAGCUGGUGCUGCACAACCCCACCACCCUCAACCUCCUCGGCAGCGACGCCGACGGCAGUGGCGCCGCCGGCCCCGGCCCUGGCUCCGCCGCUGAGAUUGAGCACUUUCAGAUCGCCUGCGACAGGAGCGACAAGCUGCUGCACACGAUGGUGCUGCUCAAGCUGGGCCUGGUGCGCAAGAAGGUGCUGCUGUUUGUCAACUCCAUCAACGCCGGGUUCCGCCUCAAGCUCUUCCUGGAAGCCUUUGGCAUCCGCAGCGCCGAGUUCAAUAAGGGCAUAUUUGACUACCUCAUAGCCACAGACGACCCGGCCAAGAGGCUGGAGCAGGAGGAAGAUGCAGCAAAGCCGGCACCACUGCCGAAGCCAGCCGCGGUCAAGGGGAGGGGGAAGGGGAGGGAUAGAGACAGCAGGAAGCGUGGCCGCAAGACUGAGAAUGACAACGAGUUUGGGGUGAUCCGGGGGAUUGACUUCCAGGGGGUCAAGACAGUCAUCAAUGUGGACGUCCCAGAGAGCGUGCAGACGUAUGUGCACCGGGUGGGCCGCACAGGGAGAGCUGGGCAGGCAGGGACGGCCAUCUCAAUCUUCACGCCAGCAGACAGCGAAGUCAGGGAGCAGUUGGAGCAACAGCUGGGCGGACAGCCUGCUAGCACCUCUGGCACUGGUGCAGAGGAAGAGCAGCAGGCAGGCCUGAGACGGUUUGAGCGGCUGACCAAGGCGUCGGUGGAGGGUCUGCGCUACAGGGCAGAGGACAUUGCACGCUCGCUCACCAAGUCCUCCAUCAAAGAGGCACGCGCGAAGGAGCUGCGGCUGGAGCUGCUGAAUUCGCGGCGGCUGCAGGCCCACUUUGAGGAGCACCCGGCUGACCUUGCGCUGCUGAAGCACGACAAGCCGCUCGCCAAGGCCGCCGCGCCCUCCCACCUGAAGCACAUCCCCGCCUACCUCAAAGACCCCGCCGCAGCGUCCGGCCGAUCAGCCUCCGGCAAUGCUGGGCCGGGAAUGCUCCCACAGAAGAAGAGGAGGAAGAUGGAGCGGGGGAAGGACCCGCUCAAGGGGGGGUUUGUGAGGGCCCCCAAGCGCGGAGGCGACGUGGGGGAGCCACUCACAGAAAUGGAGCAAGCUGCGCAGGAAGAGGGCGAGAAGCUGGCAAGGAAGCUGGCCAAGAAGCAGGGCAAGGCCGGGACUUUUGUGCCUAAGAGGAAUGUGCGCAAAGCCAAGAACUUCAGGCGGCAAUGAUUUAUGUCUGUUGAGACAUAACAAAGUAAAUCUGAUAGGCUGCAGACUACCGUAGUACAGUGGGCCCCGCAUAUGUGGCUGCAGACGCCCUGCGUAUAUGCCCUACGGCCUCUGGCUUUGGGUUCGCCGACCAUGUAAUAAUAAUAAUAAG